AUGACUACUGACGAAAUCAAAAAGGAGGUGACCGUACCGGUGAUUGACUUCAAACCUUUCUUAGAGGGAACAGCCGAAGGAAAGGAAAACGUUGGCAAGAAGAUGAUUGGUGCAAUGAGAGACAUUGGCUUCAUGUAUAUCAUUAAUCACGGUAUUCCCCAAUCCGAUCAGAAGAGAAUGCUUGAAUGGAGUGCUAGUUUCUUCAAGUUACCAGAUGACAAGAAGAUGCUAUGUGAACAUCCAAAGGACGGAGCUCACCAUAGAGGCUGGUCCGCUAUUGGUAUGGAAAAAGUAGUGCAGAUGGUCUUUGAUAGAGCCAAAAUUAGUGAAUUGAGACAACACCCCGAUGUGAAGGAGUCUUUUGACAGCGGUAACGAAAACAACAAAGAAUGCUUCAAUAUAUGGCCGAGAGAUGAGGACAUUCCGGGAUUCAGGGAAUUCUGUAACUACUACUUUAAAGUCUGCGAGACUACGGCUGACAGACUUUUGAGGGCUUUAGCUCUUGGCUUGAACCUUGAUGAGAACUACUUACUUAAGCACCAUGAAGAGUCCAACAACCAGCUUAGACUUUUAUGCUAUCCACCUACUCUGGAGAAGAAUUUAAGAGAAGGCAAAACAGAGAGAAUCGCUGCCCAUACUGACUUUGGUACUUUAACCAUGUUGCUUCAGGAUGACUGUGGCGGCUUGCAAGUUGAGAAGCCCAGUAACCCUGGUGUCUUCAUUGAUGCACCGGUUAUCCCAGGAUCUCUUGUCAUUAAUACAGGCGAUUUCUUGAUGAGAUGGUCCAACGAUCAAUUAAAGUCGACCUUUCACAGAGUCACAGCUCCUCCUGUAGAUUCCAGGACGGGCAUUUCCAAAAUUCGUUACUCCAUUCCAUACUUUGUAUCGGCAGACAGACACAAAGUUAUUGACGCUUUGCCAGGUACUUUCUCCGAACAGAACCCGAAGAAGUAUGAACCAAUUACUUCAGGUGAAUACUUGGCAAAGAGAUUAAAUGCUACUUAUUAA